CCAAUGAGUCAGUCUGAAGUUUCGACUGACAACACGCGCGAUAGAAAGAGGCUGAUAGUUUGCUGUGAUGGGACGUGGCAGGAUGGCGUGUUAACGCAGGAUCGCUUGUUAUAUACAAAUACGCUGAGGCUCGCAAGAACAAUCACAAACGAAGACACACGAUCCGAUCCGCCAAUACAGCAAAUUGUUUUCUACCAAUCCGGAAUAGGUUCUGAGGGAAACCUCUACGAUGAAUACGUCGAUGCGACUACUGGAGGAUCCUUAGCUGAUAAAGUGGAAGAAGCCUAUGGUUUUAUUGCCCUAAACUAUUUUCCGGGUGACGAGAUAUUCCUAUUCGGAUUUUCGAGGGGUGCAUAUACUGCGCGUAUGGUAGCCAUGUUCAUUGGAGCGAUCGGGCUUCUCGACCGCAGGGACAUGGACAACUUUGCUCGGAUCUUUAUUGCCUACCAACGUCUUGCUAAAAGUGACAACGAAACAGGCUCGCGACGCUUACUAAGAGAUGAACUGUACGCUUUCACGAAGCCAGAUGCACAUGGGCUGCAGCGUGCUAAUACUCCUUUUUCCAUCAAAUGCGUUGGCGUAUUCGAGACUGUUGGUUCCCUCGGGCUUCCUGACGAGCUUACUCUUAAUCUCAAGAAAGCAAAAGAGAUAUUCGGAUUUCCUGACAAAGUUUUAGGAGGACAUAUCAAACGGGCGUACCACGCUCUGGCGCUGAAUGAAACGCGCCGAGAUUUCGAUUGCGCAAAGUAUGAGCGAGCGCCUGAAGGUCUCAGUAAAGGGCAAAUCCUCAAACAAGUAGGGUGCCAUUCAGAUAUAGGAGGAGGAUAUCGGGACCACGACUUGGCGGACAUAGUAUUGAUCUGGAUGGCGGCUAACAUUCAGGAUAUGCUAUCUCUAGAUAUGGAAUAUCUACGCUCCGUGCCUUCGCCCGUUGCACCUUGGGGCGCUCAGAAGCCGCACAACCCUAGAACAGGCCUGUCGUCUUUGUUUUUCGCUACACAGCGCAAAUUACCUCUGAGUAUUGACAAUGUUACCAACGAAACGAUCCAUCUGUCUGUGCUUGAGCAGGCCGAGUUACCUUCUGUGCUUGCUGACGCUAUAGCAGCAGGAAACACGCCGGUGGAAAAUCUCCUUCCCCUGGAAGAGGAGUUCAAGGUCAAGUGGAUCGUGGAAAGAGAGCCUCAGGAUAUUCUCUCCAGCGCUGGAAGAGAGACAUUUUAUACUAGACUAUUGCAUCAUCGCCUGACUUCACGUUAUGAAUAUAUCAACGUCUAUGAUAUUUUGAGGUCAUAG